UUACACUUGGCACAAUGCAGUCAGACAAGUAUCGUUCUCCUGGCAACCGCCAAACCCAGAAACAUCUAUCAGAUUGCCAGACAGAGAGGCAUGAUUGGUCUCUCCAGAGAACAUGUCUGCACUGCUCUAGAGUCCAGUGGCCGCUUGCUUCCACUGUUGCUGUUGUUCCCAGUUGCUUCCACAUUGUUAUAAUACCACUAACAGUUGACCGUGGAAUAUUUAGUAUCAAGGAAAUUUAACGGAUGGACUUAUUGCACAGGUAGCAACCUACCAUGCUUGAAUUCACUGAGCCCCUGAGAGCGACCCAUUCUUUCACAAAUGUUUGUAGGAGUCUGCAUGCCUAG